UACGAUGAAGCCAAGGGAGUUGGAGAAGCUGUAAAUGAAAGUCGAUCCAAGAUAUCCGAGAUCAAGUCGCAUAUCGAGCAGCUGCGAGUGGAGCGAGCGAUGAGGGGAGAAACAGAUGCGACGGAAGAUGACCCGGAGGAGCGGGAGCUCAAGUCGCAGAUCGAGUUUCACAAGAGCUCCUACAAGGAGAAAUUCAACCGGCUGCGAGAGUUGAAAGCAGAGAUCGAGCAGAUCCAGGGCAUCAUGGAAAAACAGCGAGUUGGGCUGCAAAACGAUUUCGAGAACUGGUACAACCUCAUGGUGCGACAGUACCGGGCGGCGCUCAAGGGGGAACAGCAGGCGGGAGCAGCACAGGGGGAGGUGACCCGGGAGGAGAGCCAAGAGAUUCGACCAGGGAGGGGAGGAAGCAGCCGAGGGGAGGAGAGCAAGAGCGUGCCCGUGCUGACGGGAAACAAGGAUGCAGAUGCCGACAUUGCGGCAUUUUACAAGGCCAGGCAGCAGCUGCUCGAGAAAAGCUCAGGUCAAAGCUGAACAGGACAAGUGGAGAAAAAGGAGCAGCGGGAAGGUCGGGGAGAGGAGAAAGAGAAGGGGUUGGGGUGGGGCGGUACGACAAUCUUUGUAUACUAUAUUACAAACCCGCAAGGUCGC